AUGGGUGUUAUACGUGGGUUAGAACCAAUAAGCAAACAGAGCUCAAAAGGAAUUAAAAAUAGGUCUGAUGAGACGGUGAUAGCGGAGCUAGAUGGCGCUCUUCUCCUGUCCAGGAACGCCUUUCCUUACUACAUGCUCGUGGCACUUGAAGCUGGCAGUCUCCUCAGGGGAGUAAUUCUCCUGGUUUGUGUCCCCCUCGUGUACAUUGUGACCCUGUUCAUCUCUCGGUCCCUGGGGAUACAGAUGCUUGUCUACAUAUCCUUUGCCGGGUUGAAGAUCAAAGACAUAGACAUGGUGGCAGCGGCAGUUUUGCCAAAGUUUUACACCGAGGAUGUACACCCUGAGGGAUGGAAAAUGUUCAACUCUUUUGGCAAGAGGUGCAUAGUCACCGCCAACCCAAGAAUAAUGGUUGAGCCCUUCGUCAAGAGCUUCCUAGGGGCUGACAAGGUCCUGGGGACAGAACUAGAAACCACAAAGUCCGGAAGGGCAACAGGUUUUGUCAGCAAACCCGGUGUUCUUCUCGGGGAGCUCAUGAAGGAGACGCUCCAGCAAGAAUUUGGUGAUAACAUGCCGGAUUUGGGUAUUAAUGGAGAUGGAGAAACUGAUUGUGGCUUCAUGUCCAUGUGCAAGGAAGUGUGCCUCGUACCAAAUAAUGACGAUGGGAGAUGGCAGAGAGUACCGAUAAAGCAGUUACAGCGACCGCUUAUUUUCCAUGACGGGCGGUGGGUCCGGCGGCCGACAGCAAUGGUGGCACUGCUGACCUUCAUGUGGAUGCCCAUCGGCUUCAUUCUAGCACUAAUCCGAAUAUAUUGCAACAUUCCAUUCCCUGAGCACAUCAUCCGGUACAACUACAAGCUCAUGGGUAUUAACCUGGUGGUGAAGGGAAGCCCUCCGCCACCUCCAGGAAAAGGCAGGCCGGGCUUCCUCUUCGUGUGCAACCAUCGCACGAUGUGUGACCCAUUCAUCACCGCGGUGGCACUUGGCCGCAAGGUCAGCUGCGUGACCUACAGCAUCAGCAAGUUCACAGAGAUCAUCUCCCCGAUCAAAGCAGUGGCUUUGAGCAGGGAACGAGAGAAGGACGCCGAAAUCAUCAAGAAGCUACUGGAAGAGGGCGAUCUGGUGAUAUGCCCAGAGGGCACCACUUGCAGGGAGCCCUACCUAUUGCGAUUCAGCGCCCUGUUCGCUGAGCUGACGGACCAGAUUGUCCCCGUAGCAAUCAUUACGAAGCAGAGCAUGUUUCAAGGCACGACCGUGAGGGGUUGGAAGGCGCUGGACCCUUAUAUGGUCUUUAUGAACCCCAUCCCCACGUUUGAGAUCACGUUCCUAAAACCACUCCACAAAGAACACACCUGUGCUGGUGGCAAGUCACCCAUCCAGGUUGCCAAUUACAUCCAGCGACUUCUCGCCGCUACUCUCUGCUACGAGUGCACCAACCUUACACGUAAGGACAAGUACCUCAUGCUCGCCGGGACUGACGGUCGCGUUUCACCCAAAAAGGAUAUAUGA